AUGGAUGAAGACAACAGCAGCUUCAUGGGCGAGGCUGUUGAUGACACAGACGGCGAGAUGGCUUCCAUUACCAGCUCCUUCUCGGCGUCCUCCCCCCUCAGCAGCGUGGGGAGCGGGGGUGGUGACGGCAGGAGGAGAACAGGCAGCGCUGGCGCCGCCGCGGGCACGAGCAACAACAAGCUGGCACCCCAGAAUAAUGGGAAUGGUUCGUACAGGCCAUCUUCAUCGAACGGGGAUAGCACGCAGGCGGCCAACGGCGGCGGCGGCGCGCAGGCCAUCCCGGGAGUGGCCACGCGGCCGGCGGGAGUCCCCUUCGGCGCCAGUGCCCUGAGCAAGAACAUGCCGAACAGUGGCCGGGGACGCCCACGAGGCCUGCGUCCUCGCGGCACGGGCACCACGCCAAGAAGCGGCGGCGGCGGCGGCGCACAGCGCAUUCCCUCAUUCUCAGGUUCCGCUGCCUCGUCGACGCAGCAGCAGUUCGGCAGCACCGGCGGCAGUUCAUCCUCCUCCGCCCGACGCGGCGCGCCUGGCAGCGCUAAUCGCAAGGACGUCGAGGCGAGGGCGGCCGGGGUGCUGGCCCCGGGGGUCCCCGUGGAGGUGGCGGUGAAGGCGGCGAUCAAGAUCGAGUCGGUGAUACGGGUGCUGAUCGCGAGGGGCUACGUGCGGCGAAAGCUCGUGUCGGAGGUGACCGCCUUCUCGCUCAUCAUGGAGCGCGGUAUCGAGGUAAUCAAGCACCCCUUCAGCGGCAAGGGCAAGCCCAAGAACGUCACGGUGAACUUCGUCUCUCGGAAGGGCGCGAUGCAGCUUAGCUGGGGGGGCAAGAGUGGGGUACCCCUGGAGACCAUCUUCGGAGUGACCAAGGGCAUCAACACGGACGCCCUUAAGAGCGUGGUGAGCCCGGACCGAGCGGAGAACUGCUUCUCGCUGCACACGCAGGACCGCACGAUAGACUUCGAGGUGGACAACCCGUGGCUCGUUCUCCUGGUGGUGCGGGCGCUGCGGCUCUUCCUCGGCGCGCACUACGACACCCUCCCGGCCCCCACGUUCUUCUCGCACCUGUGCCUGCGCCCGCGGGGUGCCGCCGCCGGCGCCAACAGCCGGACGGAUAGCCCCAAGCAGUCCCUGGUGUGGACUAGCGCGGAUAAGGAGCCGCCCGUGUCACCACUGCCCAAGGAGCAGACGACUAGGUCCACCCCCACGGAGCGGGCCUCGCGGGACUCGGCCUCGGACGAGGGCGACGACCGCGACGGCGACGGCCAGAGGCCUCCCUUGCCCUGGGAGGGCGGCGGCGGCGGCGGCGGCGAGCUCGACAGCGCGGCCGGCAGCACCAUGUUCGAGGCGGUCCCGAUGGGGGAGGGCAUGGUGUACCCGCCGGCGCCGGACGGCCAUGCCCCCGGAGCGGGAUCAGCGGCCCGCGCUCCCCGCCCCCCCCGCGUGGUGGCGGCCGGGGAGGACGGUGAGGAAGGGAUGCCCGUCACCGACUUCGCGGACGAGGAGGACGACGGGCAUGGUUCGGCGGACCGGUCUCCGGGAGGGAUCAUGGCGCUGUUCUCGUCCGGUGGGAGGCGGAGCGCGGAGGAGUCGAGCGUCGGCAGCGCGGCCGGGUCGAUCCCCAGGAGCAGGAGCGGGGUGGAGGGCGGCGGAGGGGUCGACUCUUCGACGGGCGGGACGACGCCCAGGGGUCGGGAGGCGGAGGCUGGUGGUGGGCCGAGCGCCGGCGCCGGCGGCGGUGAAGGUGCUGGGCAGCUGACGGCGUCGCAGGUGCUGGCGACCCGGGGCAUGACAAAGAGGCUGAACCUGUCGAAGAAGCUCGCGGCGAACAACACGGGGCCGCUGAAGGGGAGGAGGUUCGACCUGAUGGCGCUGCCGAUGGACCCUGGGCAGCAAGACCGGCGGGACAGAGGGAUGAGCGAGCACGCGGAGACAACAACUAAACGUUCGCAAGGAAUGUCGAUUUCUAUCGGCGCUGGUUACACCCUCCCGGAAGAGAAGAACAGAUCGAAGGGCCUUAACGGCGAAGGGGCAGACGAGGGAACGCCGAGCAUGCUAGGGCUAGACUCUGGGCGCACCGCUGUCGUGGACGAUCUCAACGACAAACUCCAGAGGAGACAGUACCAGACGGACAUGGUCCGUCAGAAGAACCAGUCGGUGGAGGACGUGCACAAGCGGGACUCGGCGAGAACGGCCAUGCUCGUUACCCGUAGCGGCGUUCACAGGGUCACCCGUAAGGCCGGGAUGCCUGAGUCGCGGUGA